AUGAUAGAUGUUGUCAAAAUAUUCAGCAAGGGAGGACUCAUCCUGUGGUCCUACACCUUCUACGAAAUAGAAGACGCCACCAUACGAACCAUUGUGAAGCAAAUACUCAUAGAGGAAAAGUACGAAGACUUUUGCAAGAAGUAUAAUAAAUUUCACGCCAAAUGGAAGUUGCUUAACGAUGUAGAUAUCGUUAUCCUCAUUGUAUAUCAAGGGAUACAGAAUUCUGCGUAUGUAGAGAAUUUAUUUUUAAAAAUUAAAAAAUCUUUUGUAAAACUAUUGCCCAAAAGUUUGGAGUACUUGGACUUGGAUCUACCCUUGAACUUCGACAAGCAGUUUUUGAAAAUCGUCGAGGAUGUGGAGGCCAUUUUAUCCUGCACGGGGGCGGGUGCUGAUAGGCGGGGAAGUGUGGAUGGGCGAAGAGGAAGCAUAGGCAGACGAAAAAACAGUUCCGAUAAAACCAAAGACGAUCAUGGAGACGUCAGCGAAGACACAGGUGCCAGCGAACGAACGGAUGCAGAUAGCUACCCAGACAACAGCGAUGGAAAUUGUGAGGAAUCGAAGGGGAAGAAGAAACAUGGCGCACACAAAAUGGAAGGAGAAAAAUACAGCAAUAAAAGAAGCGAAGAGGAUGAGAAAACGCUGGAUGACGAUGAACCAGGUGUAAGGCGAAAAAGUAAAACGAAGAAAAAAAGUGCAAGAGAAUGGGAACUAAGCAAAAAGAUAACUAAAAAGGACAUCGAAAAAUUGGAUUACUCAAAAAAUGAAAAUAACUCAACAGAUGUACACGAAAUGAACAAGUACGAAGGAGAGUUUGAAGACUCCAGUGAUUGCAACGUGGAUAACAGUAAUCAUCUCCUCAAUAAAUUAAAUGAUUCCAUUCUGAAGGUAUUCUCGUACAAUAGUAAGAUAGAGGAAAAUGAUAUCGAGUCAAUCUUACAAGGAGUUAAAAAUAAGCUGCUCUCGAAAAAUGUCGCAGCAGGAAUAUGUGACACGUUAAUUGAGAAGAUGAAAGGGAACCUCAUUGGAAAAAAGAAAACCCUCUUCUCUAUGAAUGUCAAAAAAACCGUCUCCACUGUUCUGUCCGAUACUAUUCAAUCUAUAUUGAUACCAAAGGAAUCUGUGGAUAUUCUUCGAGCAGCCUUGGAAGCCAAAUCCAUUGGUAAAUUAUAUUCAAUUGUUUUCCUAGGCGUUAAUGGAGUCGGGAAGUCAACAAAUCUAGCCAAGGUUUGCUACUACCUUAAGACAAAAGGGAACCUAAAAAUUAUGAUUGCAGCGUGCGAUACUUUUAGAGCUGGUGCAGUGGAACAGCUGAGAACCCACGCCAAUUGUUUAGAUGUAUUCCUUUACGAAAAGGGAUAUGGAAAAGAUGCAGCCGCUAUUGCGAAAGAAGCCAUUGCAUAUGCAAAGAAGGAAAAUUUUAAUGUCAUCCUCAUUGAUACUGCUGGAAGAAUGCAAGAUAAUGAACCACUCAUGAGAUCGUUAGGGAAACUCAUCCUCAUCAACAACCCUGAUUUUAUUUUAUUUGUUGGCGAAGCAUUAGUUGGUAAUGAUGCCAUCGACCAAUUGAAAAAGUUCAACCAAGCCUUAACGGAUGCUACGUGCAAUUCAAAUAAGAGAACCAUCGAUGGAAUCCUCCUUACCAAAUUUGACACCGUUGAUGAUAAAGUGGGCACGGCCCUUUCCAUGGUUUACCUGACAGGAAAGCCAAUCGUUUUCGUCGGUAUCGGUCAGAAAUACACCCACUUGAAGAAGUUCAAUGUCAGUAUGGUCGUCAAGGCGUUGAGCUAG